AUGCUCCUUCUUGCUGGUUAUGCAAAUGGCCAUCGCAGAAAGCGCUUGCCAAAUGGCAGCCGUGUGAUCUGCCACUUGCCACAACCAACUUGGUUUUUGCGCCGGCUUGCCUCUCGUAGCUUAGAAAGCAAACUCCACAAGGUCUCAAAGGCUGAUACUUGGACAGCUGUUGAUAUAACGCAGGCGCGCAUCGUUGGUUUUGCAAUUUUGGGCCCUGACCAAUGCCGGGUGGGCAACCUCGCAAGAUGGGCUUGCGGGGCGACAAUUGCCAAGGAUGGCUUUGAGCUUCCCUUCCUCGAUGAGCAUUUGGCUGAUGUCCCAGUGAUGUGGUUGCCGGAAUGCAUUUUGGAGCUCAUCUCUUUUCAGGAGUGGAGCACGAUUCUGAUUCUGCAUUCCCCGUCUCAUUCGACAGCGAAGAGAACUCACCAGGUUUGUUUGUCUUGGCUCCGGAAUGCCUUGCAAUGGCCAAGUGACAUUGAUGUUCAGCAAAUGGUACAACAUACUGGGAGGUUUGCGCAGAAAGCCGCUGUUCCCCUGGAUGAGCAUGGGGUCACGUUUCUGUUGGAUGUCCUCCGUCAAACAAAGAACUCACUGUUGGAUGAACUGGAGGAGCACGAAGCUGAACAUAUGUACUUGCAAAUGGAGCGCGCUGCCGAGGGAUUGCAUUUUCUGGCAGCUUCCUUUGAAUCAACGUCAGGUUUAAGCAAAAAUGCAGGCAAAUCAGGUGAGCUGCUGGUCAAUGCCGUGAGGAUUGCCCGCCAUGUCCGCAAUCGCAGCAAUUUGCAAAGCCUCCAAGAGCUUAUGGUGGACGCUUUCAUGCCAACUCCGCUCAGAGAUUUGGCAAAAUCUGUCAUGGACCGUGCUCCGGCAGGUGCCAGCAUUUCCAGGCACCAGGUGACAGUGGACGCUGCUCUCUCAUUGUUCUACCGUGACAUCCUGAAGCUCCAAACAGGGCCUGUGUACUUGUGGUGCGACAGCUCUCCGCAAUUGGGGGAAGAUUAUUUGCUGUCAAUUUUUGAUUACAUCCAGGAAGAGCAGGUUGUUUCAUGUUGGAACCAGGCGCAAAAUCUUUUCAGCUCUGUUGCUGCCUUCCAAAAGGCAUUUGCUGAAGGGGAUGAAGGGGAGGUGGAAGAUCAAGCAAAUAUCCGGCAUCAUGCUGGGCGCUUUCUGAAGCAACACAUUCAUAGGCACCGUCAAAUGCCUAUGGGGCUGGGCAGUGGGGCAAGCUCUCUUCAGCACAAAGCCCGAGCUCUAGCUAUGAAAUUUGCGCACGAAUCCCAUGACGUGCCAGCUCUUCGUUCGAUCUGCCGGCAGGUGUGCUCGUUGACAGUGGACAUGGGUGUGGAGGUUGGUCUUGCAGAAGUGGCUGGCGGCGACGUGAACGACUACUUACCACCCUGGAUGCAAGACCGGCAGGGCCUUUUGAUGGAUGAGGGCAUGGAUGGUCUGGAAGAGUUGGUGCAACGAACAACUCACCUUUUCCCACGUGCAUUUGUCAGCACAGGUCUGGACCAUAUCAGCAAUAAUUUGCAAAACGAUUUGGACCAAAAGUUGAGCGGAUGGAGUGGUUGGCUCCCCAAAUUCAAGGCUUUGUCAAACCUGUUGAGCAAAAGACACCACUUGAAGAGGUUAGUUGCGCGCUGCAUUAUGGACACGCCCUUCUCGCCCUUGAAGCGCAUGUUUGAAACUACCGUGGAACCAUGUGCAAAAUGGAGGUGGGGCACCAUUUGCAAAACUUUGCCAGCUAUUCUUGCCCUUCACCGUCCUCUUGGCAUGAUCUGGAGCAAGGCAAAAUUUGAAGUGGGGCGCAACGACCAGGAUGAAGAGCGCAAUGAUGAUGCUGUACUUGACCUUGAUUUGGUCACAGCAGCUGUCACGAGCCCUUCCUGGUUCGCAUAUGGACAGAUGAUUUUACAUCUUCAUGAAAUUGCCAACUCGAUUUCUGGUUGGGGUUCAGGUUGUGCGUGCCAUGAGUGGCUCAGGCCUCACAAGCAGUCUUCGGACAGUCCAUGGGAAAGUGCUUUGAGUGCUGUGAGACAGAGUCUGGGGUUGGAGAGUGGCUUAGACGGCUUGUCGUUUCAGUGCCCACUUGCUGGAAAGCGGGCGCCCGAACUUGCAUCGGGGGCUUUGUUGAAAGUUAUUUGUGAAAGGAUCGAUGACGCUUUCCCCAAAGUGCUUGUUGAAUCUGCUGGGGCAGGGCCUGAGCACCAAGAGCAAAUCUUGAGCGAUUUCAAUUUGGGCACUGGCUACAUCAAGUUGGUGGUUGAGCUCAAGCUGGGACAUUGGAAUGAUUUUCCCUGGGUCCUAUGCAAGCUGGGCCUACCGGGCGAUGCAGCCCGUCAACAAGGUGCAGCUGAUAUGCUGGCCACUUUUGAUUCGCUGCCUCAAGACCCAAAAAGCCACCAUCGGGUCACUUUAUCUUUCAUGGCGACGGGGAGUGCCUUGAGGUCAGAUAUGGAAGCGCUUGCUGGCGGCGCGCCCAUCAAUCAGUUGCCAGCGUUGGCUAAUUCUUUGGCCCGCCUUUGUUUCUUGCCUGUUUCAGAGCGCAUUGUUGAAGGUGAGCAUUCGAUUGUCCACAGGCAUGGAGGCUACAGGAAAGUGACAGGGGCCUAUGUCUCCUGUUCCCAGCGGCUUCCUGAAGUCGACGCGCUUAUGUCCAACCAAGAAACCCGAACAAGGUUUCUUCAGGCAUUUGAAAAGACUCGAAAACUAAAGAACAUGUCAAAGCUUUUCAGAUUUUGCAAGCAUCCUCAAUGGACGGAGUUGAUGGCUAAACCCAAGAAAGAAAGAUCUGGUGUUCAGAAGCUGGCAAAUGCAAUCCUCUACAGCGUUGAUGUUUCCACUCAAUUUCUCAAUUUGGGAGAUGUGCGGGCAAAGCACCAAGCCCAGAAGCGAGCCUGUCAAAAGGUCGAGGAGUCCUUGCUUCCCAAGGUGAGAGUUCGCCUCUGCCACGAAGCUGUGCUGAACCAUGCGCUUGCAGAUCAUGUUUGCAACAGCCUGAAACCAGGAGGGUUCUAUUCCAUGCCAACCGACAGCUUUCAAGAGGGUGGCUUGACGUCUUUGAGCGUAGCCCGUUGCUUUUCAAGCCAGCCACGACCAAGUUCAAGCAUAGAUGCAGCUUUGUCACUUGAUUUGCCAGGCCAAACGCCAGGCCAAGAAGAACGCCCUCAUGUGUUUUUCAAAGUCUUGACAACUGGCGCUUCCCGGUUGAAGGUGACAAAAGCUGCGCCCGCUGGAAAGCUUCGUCUGAAGAAGGGUGAUGUGGCCAUUACACUUCACAAAGCUGAGCUGGAUGAGAUCUCCAAAACGUGCUUUGUUGAAUCCCGACCCAUUGCUUGUUCUGACCUUGGAAACCCAGUCCACAUCCUUUCCGGGUUUGGGUUGCGGGCUGGUGAGGCCGGCCAGGUGCUACAGUGGGAGCGUAGUCAUGACAAGUGCCAGUUCACAUUGCCGCAUUUUCAAAGCGUCAGGCAUGCAGCGCUGAUCAACCAGUUUCUGGAGUUGCAGGCUUUUGAGGGGAAACCUCAUUUUGUCCAGGAGAACUUGUUGUCUAGGCCCAUGCUGCAAGAGCUUUUGCACGAAGGCUGGGCUGUAGCAUCUGACAAUGGUUGGCAGCUCACUGCAGCAGCUUUGAGACAAGUUUGUGUUGCCCAGCGUGUUGGAGAGCCAAAGCAGUUAUUCACCCCUGCAUCUGGUGAAGUGCCGCUUGCUGACCAAACAAUUUGGCAACUUUGUGUGACGCUGAACAAUCUAGGCUGGCAAUGGAAGCCUUUCUCCCGAAAGUCACCUAUAGAGGGGUACAUGCAGGGCAAGCCUCGUGUGUGGACCACAGCUGGGGUGACGGUCAAAAAGGAAUAUGUGCUUUGCCUCCUUUCUGCAGACAAACUGUUUGAGCAGCAGGCUGACUGCGUGAUUCACCAUGAGAAGCCAGUGGCAUACUACAGGCACCUUCUACAAGGAGAGUUUGAGCUUGCCUGCCAUUUUUUGGAAGAGCUGGGGCAACGCUCGCAAUUGCGACUAGCUGACCGUGCAGAGUUGACAAGAGAUACCCGACCAAUGAUCAUGGAUGAGGGCAUUGAAUGGUGCUUAGGUGUGGACAGUGGUGUAGCUCCUGUCCGGUCAACGCCUGCAAAACGGAAGCGGCAAAAGCCUCCGGAACACUCGGAUGGAAGUGAUUGUCAUAGUUCGGCUAAGGCUAGCAGUUUUGACAGCGUUGGUGAGUUCCUUGAUGAGUUCUUUGAUUCUGAGCCCGAGCCCGAACUUGCAGAAGUUGCAGAGGAACCUGAUUUAGCGGGCGAUGAGUGUGGAGCCACUCCGGAGCCAAUCCCAAAGGGCAAGAGUGAGGUUGCGCGCAAAGUGCAGCCUGAUUCAAUUCUUUCUUGGGGCAUUCCUGGCUUCCGAAUUACAUGGCGAGCACCCAGUUCUACCCAUGUUCAUGGAGCUUGGCAGGGUACUUGCACCUUCCACCGCCACUCGGCGACUACCAGGUGCACCAAAAGCGUCAAUGUGGGGGGUGAUUCAGACACUGCAAGGGAACAAUGCCUGUUGAUGGUGAAGAAUUGGCUUGUUCAAGCAGAAGCUUUUGACAGGGCAUGGAAACAUCGGGAGUGGAACCCACGCUCACAUGAGACGCCGCCGCCUGCAACUUUGGAGGCUAAGGCCAGCAGCAUGGGGAUGCCACCUGACCCUGUGCUGGCCGAUGGAGAUCAUGAUUCCGCUACAGCCAAAGCGAAAGGGAAGGCUAAGCCCAAACCUGCCACGAAACGCCGUGGAAAGGCCAGCGCCAAGCCAAAGGCAACUGCCGGGUCUGCUUCUCGCGCUGGCUCCAAGUCGAGUUCAUCGAGCUCGUCUGGAUCAACGUCAUCAGAUUCAGAGUCCACUACUUCAGACUCAACUAGUGGUUGA